AUGUUUACUCGUCUCUCCGAUUGGUCGACGAAGGGAUCUUUCGAUCACUCGUAAUUUUUGGUUACUGCAUUUGACACAUCUCCGCGAAGUGUUUACAGGAAAAGAUUAAUUUCAUCAAGAAAGUGUUCGGAAAAUAAUGGCAGACUCGGCGAGCUGGAACGGUCCGGCUCAAGACGCCGCUUUCCCGAAUUUCCCUGCCAAUGACGGAUUUAAUUUAAGUGAGAUGAGCGGCUUUGACGAUUUACUGACAAGUUGCGAGACGGAACUCCUGAAGAAUGAGAGUCUUUUUAGCGACGAAACGCUACUCUCCGAGCUGGAAAAGCCAAUACCUAUGGAUGGUGACACUUUUGACUUUCUUAACAUGGAUGGAAUCGAAGGACCCGAUUACAAGGAUCCUGGAAUUUUGGAGCAACCAAGGACCGAAACUGAAAUCUUGCCUCCGACGGAUACGCAACAGCCGGCGGUAGUUGCUCUUAAUCCGGUGUCGCCACAAAAUAGGCCACAAAAGACAACCACGGCAGCUACGCCUAUGGUCUUUAGUUCACAGUACACUUUGCAUCAAAAUAUGAACUUUAACGUUCAGCCUCCGGUUGUAACUUUGGCACCGGUCACCCCCCAACAUAGACAGCUCUUCCUACCUGCAAAACUUAUUACGUCGGAGUCGGUGCCUUAUUCGAGAAGCUCUCAAGCGACGACUUCUAAUUCGAGUUCACCCCGGAUACAUACUCUCGUAAAUGCAGGCAACGGAACUCUCUAUGCUACAGGAAUUCCUGUAGUUUUGGAUACAGAAAAAGUACAAAUUAAUCGUAUCAAUACGGGUACACACGUUUGCGUGCCGAAAGUACGAGAAGUUAAGCGCAGUGCUCACAAUGCCAUCGAAAGACGUUACAGGACCUCCAUCAACGAUAAAAUCGUUGAAUUAAAAAACAUUAUAGUAGGCGUGGAUGCAAAACUUAACAAAUCGGCAAUCUUGCGCAAGACCAUAGAUUACAUCAGGUUUUUGCAGAACUCGAACGCGAAGUUAAAGGCAGAAAAUAUGUCGUUGAAAAUGACUGCGCAAAGACACAAUUUGCGAGAGCUUUUGGUGUGCGGGGAAUUAACGCCACCUCGUUCCGACACCAGCGAGCCUUCGCUGUCACCAGCUCCGGCUCCACCGUCUCCACCGUCCCCGGCAGAUUCCCUGCAGAUCAAGGACGAUCCGGACACUAUGCACAACCUGCACUGCUCCUCCGUCACGGCGAACAGAGGGAUGGGAGAUCACACUCGUCUUACUCUGUGCGCCAUUCUCUUCGUAUGCUUGGCCUUCAAUCCUCUCGGAGUACUCGUCAAUAGCGUUGGCAGGUCCAGCUUCGAUUACUCUGGCACGAGGUUGGACGGCAGAACGAUCCUGACUUAUCAAGAUCAAGCCGAGUCGGAGACCGGAGUCGGGGGGACGAUUCUGCUCUGGGUCGCGAACAUCGUUUUACUCUUCGGAGGUCUCUACAAGCUCCUGUCCCACGGAGAACCCGUGCUUUCGUCCAACGGCAAGGAGUUCCUGGAAGUGCGUCGCUGGAGGCGUCAGGCCGAGUUCAACAUCUCGAGGCGGAAUUACGAGCAAGCCCACGGCGACCUGAACCGCUGCCUGCGUUACUUCGGUCGAGCGAUCCCUACCUCCAGGAGCGAGAUCUACCUGGCCACUCUGUGGCAGGUGACGCGCCAGCUGCUCCACAAGCUCUGGCUGGGGAAGCUCGUGUUCUUCGCGAAGAGGCGCCUCGGGGAGCAGGCGGAGACCGUCGCCCUGGAGAUGGCCAUGGUCUAUCGACACCUGCUCUGUCUUCGCCUGCCGCAAGGCUCGGACAGCGGCUCGCUCUUCCUCGCGCUCACCUCCGUCAACUGCGGGGAACUCGCCCGAGAUUGCACCCCGAAGCCGAUGCUGGCGGAAUUCUACAUAAACGCGGCCCUCUGCUUGAAGCGGUCCUUCCUCCCGUUCGUCCACAAGUACUACCUGGGAAAGGCGAGGAGCCUGUUGGCGUCCUGCUUCGUGCCGCCCAAGUUAAAGUGGAUCACCACCGAGGAGGGAGGCAAGUUCCUCGUCUCCCAGAAGUGGCGAUACGACGAUCGAGUCGGCAGCAGCGAGUUCACCUCGCAGAGUAACAGGGCCGACUUGGUCUCGUACGCCGCCAGGGCGUACCGGGAGCACCUGAUCGGACAGUGUUUGAGGCUACUCACGGGGACCGCCGGGGAUUCGCCCGCCUCCAUAGUUCUGGAACUGGCAAAGGGCGUCGUUACCUCCGCCACCGUGGACAGAUGCUUUUCCAAGAACGACGACGCGACCGCCGAUGGAUGCGAGGACGAGUUCGGUCUCUGGUGGGGCGCGGUUCUGGUAACGACGGCCAGCUGGAGGCUGGGAGAGAUGGACGACUCCCUGUGGGACGUCGUGGAGAACAGGUUUCCCUACGACAAGGACGUCCAGCAGUGCCUCGGCACCGGCGACGGGAACCCCCUGCCGAAAGCCGUGCUCUGCGUAUUGCAGGCUGCCCGGUGUCCCGCCAGGCACGCGUCCAUGCGUCUCAUCGACCAAGCGGGAACUCUCCUCGAGCAGUCCUUGGUUUAUUAUCACUGCAAGGAGCAAUCGUCGCAAAAUAUUCUGUUAACGCAAUUGUGGCUGUGCGAUUGGAUGCUCGAGAUCCGCACGAUGAUGUGGGAAGAUACGGACGCGGAGACGGGAUGUCCAGCCUCCGGUGCCUCUCUGGCCGGCUUCCAGAGAGAUUUGGCCUGUCUGAGACAAUUGUGUCAACGAAUUCCGUCAGUACUGACGAGGGUGUUCCUGUACGAAGCGACGGCGCGCAUGAUGGCGGGAGCAACACCCGUCAAAACCCAGAUUCUUUUGGAUCGCAGCCUGCGUCACAGGAAUUCGCGUUCGUCCAUCAUCUGCGGAAAGGAUCGCUCGCAGGAACACUGCAACGGGGAUCGAGAACACGCGGUCGCUUUGUGCCUGGCGUGCCGUCAUUUGCCGACGCUUUUGCUGUCUUCGCCCGGCGAAAGGGCCGGCAUGCUCGCCGAGGCCGCCAAGACCCUCGAAAGGAUCGGAGACCGGAAACGCCUUCAGGAAUGCUACGAGCUGAUGCGAAAACUAGGGCCUACCAUAUCCGCUAAUUAAACUUAACCGACCACGCUCCAUCUCGAGACUUUCUUCUCGAUUUCUCACCCUUCCCCAUUGCCCAUUCGCCAACGAUUUUAUCAAGUGAAGGUAACACCACGAAUUUCGUAUUGUUUUUCUUGAACGAAAAGAGGUUAAUGCCGUAUUACGAAACAAUUGUAUUUCCAGUAGAUCAAUGGUAACAUAGAUGUCUUGCUCACGA